AUGUGUGUGUGUGUGUGUGUGUGUUUCUUUGUAGAUUUGCGGGGGAAUGAAUCAACACAGGCCAAGAGACAGCAGUGGCAAGAUGUGGAGGCUGGUCGACACAGCUACCUGGCAGCCUUGCUCAGCGAUGAAGGGGAAUUUGUCUGUGGAGCUACGUAUCUACGACCAGGAUUUUUAGUGUCAACACACCACUGCAUCAUGCAAAUUGGACCCAAUCCAAAAGUGGCAUUAGGUUUCACUGGCAUAGACGAAAAGGGCAAUGUGAUGGCAACACAGAUAUGCCAUGCUGAGUAUAAUAUCGAGCAUCCUGAACAUCCAGCAAAAGGGAACACAGAUCCGACUUUGGGAGUUGAUACUGUGCUGUUGAAGCUCCCGUCUUGGGUGGGCCUGGUCAAGGAAGAGCCCCCAAUGACUGCACAUCCUACGCAUGAUAUCUACAUUGCCCAAAGCCUCAUAGGUUUCCGUCUGGCACCUCCUCAUCCACACACGAGGAGGAGGGCCAUCCAGGCAGCUAGAUUCCAAAUUGCCAAUACCCUCAUGCAGCAAGGCAGCGCGGAAUUUCUGUGGGUGCAUACGGAAUGUGUCCCCGGUCCUGAUACUUCUCUGUCGGACCCUGUCCACAGAGGUUUUCCACAGUUUGACUUGAUCGCCGUUGAGGUGAUCUUCAGCACCUACUACUUCGGUGUCGAUGCCACAGGGGCUGUCAGAGUGAUGAAAAUGGUUGAGUGGAUCAACGAGGAAAGGCUUCCGUUGGCUGCAGUGUUGUGCAUGUUACUAUUGGUGGUGAUAACUGGCAUGGCGACAAUGUGGAGUAUCAUUUCCUGCAGGCUUAUGCACGCAGCGCAGCAUCAGCACCAGAGCCAUGGCAAUGUCCCUGACAAGCCACAAUAUAUUUUGGUUGAUGGUAUAUACCAGCAACCAAAAUACAAUCACAAGAUGAUGGAGUUUCUAGAAAAGCAGCUAGCAGAGGGCAAGAGACUUAAGCCACCCCAGGGUGCACCUGAAGAUUCUGUGAGGCAGUGGACGCAUGCCUUGGAAAUGGGGAGUAGACUCAUUCGCAAGCACAAGGAACCUUUUGAUCUUAGGACUUACUAUAAAAGCACAGAUGUGAAGGAAAUAGUGGAUGAGAUAUGCAAGAUGCUGCGGGAGACCAACUGGAACUGGAACAGGAAUGAUAGCGCGAAUGUUGAAACAGUGGACAUUGCAGAAAAAGUGCCAGAUGAGUGUCUUGAGGCAGAUAGUGAGAAUUUGUCCCACCUGCUUGCAUACACAUUGGAUGUGGACCAGAAGGGCACAGAUACGGAUGUGCCUCAUGAGUGGAAAAAUGUGAAGCGGGAACACCUGGAACAAAUGAAAGAAUUGGACUUAGUUGAUGAAGAUGAGAUCAGCGAAAAGAAGGAGAGAGGGAGAGGUUCCGGCAGCAUUGUGUAUGAGAGCAAGUGGCGCAAUCUGCCUGUUGCUGUUAAGGCUUGCCGGCAUCUGGAAUUGAUUGGAUGGGACAUUGAGAAAUUGGCUGAAUUCAUGAAAGAUGUCCUCAGGCACCUGUCUUUAAAGUCUUUGUAUGUUGGUGAACUGCAUGCGAUCACCAAAAAGUCUCGAUGGCUGGUGAUGGAGCUGGCUGACAAGGACUUGAAGACUUUCUGUCAGGACAACAAAGUGCUGAGUUGGUCUAUGAAGCGCAAUCUCAUACAACAAGCCGCGGAGUGUAUGAGAUACAUGCACAGCCAAGCCCCUCCCCUGGUACAUUCUGACGUGAAGACCUCCAAUUUUCUGGUGUUUGGGGCCAAGCCAAAAGUAAAGAUUGCGGACUUUGGGCUCACUAGAGAAGUCACGGGGACCAUGAACAUGAGUGUGCGGAAUCGCAGGGGAACAUUGGUGUACAUGGCUCCAGAGAUUUUCGAAGAUAAAGCUCCUACUUUGGCAUCCGAUGUGUAUAGCUUAGGGAUGGUAAUGUACGAGGUAGUCACAGGCAGACAGCUGUACGGCAUCAGGGAGGCCGAUCAGCUUCAGAGAACACCAUACAUUACCAAGCAGAAACUUGAUGGAAAGGAGCCCUGCAAAGUGCACCUGACAGAUUGCCCAAUGGAAAUGGUGGAGUUGAUGCAGGCAUGUUGUCAACUCGAUCUGGCCAAAAGGCCCAAGAUGGAUGUGGUGUGCAUGUGGCUGGACCAGCUGCCAGAUGUUGUGCCAAGAAAGAUCAUCAAAGAUCUCCAUUCCAUCAUCGACUUGGCAAGCCAACAGUGGCGCCAUGUGCGCUACAACAGGGGAAUCCUCCACUUUUUGUCGAAGCAGAUGGAGUGCCUGAAAGCCCUCACAGACCUGCCACGUGACAUUCCGAUGGAGACCUGGAUUAAGAUGAAGAGAGAUUUGGAAUCGGGUGAAAACCUGAUAAGGAGACAUGCUUGCCCGUUUGACUUGCAGAGAUUCUACGCAAUCGAUGAAGCAAAGUCUGCUGUGGAGACAAUAUGUGUGAAGCUUCAAGAUUCAGUUCACUUGCUGGACACAUCUAUGGCCAUGGGCAUCGCACAUGUUGUCCCUGAUGCGAACAUUUGUGCAGACAGAAGUCUCCUGGAGUCCCGCCUUCGAUUUGUUCUGUUUGAUGAGCAGGUCAUGUGGACUGAUAUGGAGAUUGAAGAAGAGUGGUACGAGGUCAGGAGGAGACACAAGGAAAGCCUGGCGAAGGUGACCAUGAUAGCAGACGAGGAGAUAGACCUUGAUUCUGGAGCACAGGAAAUCGGCAUGGGUGGGGAAGGCUGUGUUUGGAGGGUACAGUGGGGGGGGAAAAUGGUGGCUGCAAAACACGUGAGUCAGAAGGGCAGGAGCCCAAAGAUUGAAAGGCUGGCGCGCGCUUUCACAGAGGCUGCUCUCAGUGCUUCGCUGCUACAUGACCACAUUACCCGUUUGCUGGCCAUGACCAAGUCCGGGUGCACGAUGGUGAUGGAAUUGGCGGAAGGGAAUUUGGUGACCUGGUAUCGACACAACAUAAAGGCAUCAUGUUGGUCGAGGAUCAAGUUGAUGCACCAGGCAGCACGUGGGCUGGCCCAUGUGCACCGCCAACCAGAGGAGUUGGUCCACUGCGAUGUCAAAUCCGCAAACUUCCUCGUGUUUGAAGAUGGCUUGGAUGGAGACCCUGUAGUCAAGCUUUGCGACUUUGGCAUCGCCACGACCCAGCAGCCCGACUUGACGACGACGUUGAGGCAACAGCCAAGGACCACCCUGUACUGUGCGCCAGAGAUCUACGUGCAAAAGCACCACACUCAGAAGAGUGACGUGUUCAGUUUUGGGGUGGUAAUGUGUGAGUUGGCAGCGCAACGGUCGCCUUACAUGGAAGCAGAGGGACUCAACCAUGCUGUGAUGAGGAUGAAGAACGACGAGGAGCUCCCAUGCCCUAUUCCUGAUGACUGCCACAAGGGUUUGAAGCCACUCAUUGAGCAGUGCCUCAAGUGUGAUUCUGGAGAGCGACCCUCCAUGGACGAUGUGAUGGAGAAGUUGGAGAAGAUACUGCAAGAUUGCGUCCCUGAACUCCAGACGCCAGCAUCAAGUGCUGCAAGAGAUGUUGGUGUUUGA